CAGUCUGUCCAGUCCGCUUUCUACGGAUUAGCUUUUCUGGUCAGGAUUUGGUCGGAAUAAAUUCACAUUUUUUUUUGCACGGCCUGCAGGGAUGUCGUGGGAUUUUAUCGUACCGGUUUGUUCGGACGAUCUCGUGAAGUCUGGUGCUGUUAACCAGUAUGUGGUUCAAGAUGUGCUGUCUGUUAAACAGCUAAACUCUCAUAUCAACAGUUUUAAAGCAGCACUGAGAAGUCAAGGGCCCCUGUGCAUCCUGGAGCAUUUUGACACAGCAUACAGUGUUUUGCAACAUUGUCGCACAGUUGAUGUGGCAAUAAAAGAAGACACACUGGAGUUGCUGAUACAAGUGGUCAGGGGCCUGUCUGUUUCCCUGCCGACCCUUCUCCUGUCAGGCUCUCUGUUAGCCAUGGACCGCAAACAGCAGCUCAACACCGUGAAGAUGAGUGUUUUUCUUCUUUGCAAACUCACAGAAACACUUGAGAGUGACUCGUACAGGGAGACUAUAGUCACGGCACCCAGCAAGGGUCGUAAGAAGGAAAAAGUUGCCGGAAAAGGUCUCCUGCAGUGGGACAGUGAGAGAGAGACCGUUCUUCAGUGUUUGACUCAACUGCUGCAGCUGGACAUUCGCACACUGUGGAGUCUGUCUCUAGUGGAGGAGGAGUUUGUUAGUUGUGUGACAUGCUGUUGCUAUAAACUCCUGGAAAACCCCACCAUAAACCACAUGAAGAGCAAGUCCACCAGAGAUGCCAUCAUUCAUGUGCUAGGAAUCAUGGUGAAGAAAUACAAUCACAUGUUGGGAGCAUGUGUGAAGGUGAUUCAGCUCUUGCAGCACUUUGAGCAGCUGGCAUCAGUAUGUGCUCAAGCUGUGGCUUCCUGGAGCUCAGAGUAUGGGGUCAAGGUCAUCGUCGGAGAGAUCAUGAGAGAGAUUGGUCAGAAGUCAAGUGAGGAACUAGCCAGAGAAGGUUCAGGUGUGAAGGCUUUCUCCAGCUUUUUGUCGGAACUCGGUACUCUGGUACCUGAAACCAUGAUCCCCAACAUCAGUGUUCUCCUGACACACCUGGAGGGAGAGAGUCCGAGUCUACGGGUGGCAGUGUGUGAGGUUCUCGGUGAGGUUCUUGUCCGGGUUUUGUCUGGUGAUAAGCUGGAUGAUUCUGCUCGUGCAAGCCGAGAUCGUUUCCUGGACACAUUGCAGGAGCACAUCCAUGAUGCCCACUCGCAUGUCCGAGCACGUGUGUUACAGGUCUAUGCACGUGUUGUCAACAGCAAGGCCUUGCCCCUGUGCAGGUACACAGAAGUUAUGGAGCUGACCGUUGGGCGUCUGGGUGACAAGUCUGUCCAUGUGUGUAAGAGUGCUAUCCAGCUGCUGGCUGCCUUCAUUGCUCAUAACCCAUACAGCUGUAAGUUGAGCAGUGUGGACCUGACAAAUCCGCUGGAAAAAGAGAUGGCCAAAUUAAAAGAGAUGAGAGACUCUCAAAAAGAGCAAGUUCCUGUUGCAGUCAUAACAGCAGCUGAUCUUUGGGAUGCAAUGAAGCCUGAGUUGGAGAUGACUGUGAAAGCACAACUGGAGCCUGGCAGUGAGGAAGAGGAGAAUGAAGAAGAGGAGGAGACCGGGGGAGAGGAGGAGAGAAGCGACAGAGACACUGCUUUACAAAUUGCACAGCUUCUCCGGGAAAGCAAAUACAGGAAGGCAGUUGGUCUGUGCAUACGGGCUCACUCACUAUACCCAGAGUCAUCGUUCUUCUCAGAUCUGGCUGACCUAAAUGCAGAAACCCUUAUCAAAACUCUUGCAACACUUUUCAAGGGCCCAGAGCAGGAGACACCUGAGGCUGUGUCGAGCGAUGCUCCACUCACCCCACAGAAAGAGGGUGGAGGGAAUGAAGGUAGAGAGAGUGAACUAAAGAAGCAGGAGAUGUUGGUUCAAUAUUUGAAAGACACAGAGAGCUUCGCUCUUCAAGUGGAAAGAGCUAUCGCUGUCAUUAACAACAUGCUGUACUGGAAAACCACUACAGUUGUGCAGGAGGCAGUGCAGUUCUGUGUCACAGCGUUUGAGUUUAGUGUGGCCGACUCUGUGUGUGGGGUCAGAAAGAUGCUGCCUCUUGUCUGGUCCACUGAUGUCACAAUCAAAGAUGCCGUCAUUCAGGCUUACAGGCGCCUGUACCUCAACCCCCCCGGUGACAACACCAGGGCAAAGGCUCAGACUCUAGUGGAUAAUCUGUCAGAUCUGAUGAUCGAUGCUUCAUUGGGGACCGUCCAGUGUCUGGAGGAGAUUGUCCAGGAGUUUUUCAGCAGUGAGAGUGCCCUGCAGACUUCAGUGGUGCAGGUUUUGUGGGAGAGGUUCUCUGGUAAACGAGAGACUAAAGCACUUCACAGGAGAGCUGCAGUGCUAUUGCUGGGCAUGGCAGCACGUGCUGAGAGGGAGGUGGUUCUCAGUAAUUUGGACACACUCUGCUCUGUCGCUCUGGGUGAGAAGGUUGCAGAAGAUUAUCUGCUGGCUCGGGACACACUCAUCACCAUUGCUAACAUUACAGACCAUGUGAGGCAAUCCAAGGGUGUUCCCUUUAGGCUUCCUAUGGACCACCAUCUCUUCAGCUGUUUGUCCCAAGCCAUUGCUGAUGGAGUAGUCCAGUCCGACCCCCACUGGCAGACCUUCAUGGAACAGGCUGUCCGUCUCAUCUACUUUUUGGCAGAGUCCCCUGACCAGCUGUGUUCCCGCCUCCUCCAGCGGUCCGCUCAUCUCCUAUUGGAACAAAUCACAGAGGGCGGAGAGCCCAACCAAUCACAACUGCAGGAAGGCGGGUCUCAGGGCUCUGAGGAGCAAGUGAAUUGCGUGAGCUUGGCCCAGGUGCUUUCACUGUGUGGAGCUGUGGCCUUCUGGCAGGUGUCUCACCUUGAGAGAAGUGUAAGCGCUGAGCUGCGGAGGAGAAGAGGAGAAAAGGAAGAGGAGGAGGAGAAAGAGAAGGCACCUGCCAACAAAAAGGAGGCUAAUGACAGUUGUGUGGAGGAGGAGCUCGGGCUAGUGGGCGCCUCAGCUGAGGACACUGAGGCGGAGAUUAUCCGCAAGAUCUGUGAGACUGAGUUAUUAUCUGAAGGGAACAUGUUGAGUGCCUUUUUGCCUUUGCUGGUGAAAGUUUGCAGCUCUCCAGGGAAAUAUUCCCACCCUCAGCUCACCACUGCUGCCUGCCUGGCUCUGUCUCAGUACAUGAUGAUCAGUCCUGCUGUUUGUAAAGACAAUAUCCGGCUGCUGUUCACUGUGCUGGAAAAAUCUCCACUUCCUGUUGUCAGAGCCAACACAAUUGUUGCUCUUGGUGACCUAACAGUCCGCUUUCCCAACAUCCUGGAACCCUGGACGCCCAAUCUUUACGCCAGGUUGAGUGAUGAGAACGCAUCUGUUCGGCUGACUGCCAUCACGGUUUUGACCCAGCUGGUGCUGAAGGAUGUGAUGAAGGUCAAAGGUCAGGUCAGUGAGGUCGCAGUGCUCCUGCUGGACUCUGAGCCACACAUCGCCAGCCUCGCUCUCAACUUCUUCAACGAGCUCUCUGCAAAGGACAAUGCCAUUUACAACCUGCUGCCAGACAUCAUCAGCCGAUUAUCUGAUCCUGAACGUGGAAUGAAGGAGGAGGACUUCAACACCAUUAUGAAACAACUCUUCUCCUACAUCACUAAAGAGAGACAGACAGAGAGUUUAGUGGAGAAGCUCUGCCAGCGAUUCAGAACCGCAAAGACUGAGCGUCAGUGGGCAGAUCUGGCCGUCUCUCUGUCCUUGUUGUCGGUGUGCGAGCGAGGUUUCAAAAAGCUGCAAGAGUGCUGGGACUGUUACAGUGAUAAACUCGCUGAGCCUGGAGUCUAUCAGCCCCUCCUGUCCAUUGCAGCCAAACUCCGUCGACGAGCCAAACCACAGUUUAAGGCGCAGGUUGAAGACUACGAGAAGCGCUUGACUGCUGUUCACACUAAAGGGCUGGAGAAUGUGGAGAACGAGGAGAGAGAACAGCAGAUUGGAGACACACAAAGUCAAAACCUAAAAACGCCACAGCCACAGAAGAGCGUGCGCAAAACCACACGAGGACGUAGUAAACCGAAGUUAGAUGACAGCGACCUUGUAACCCCAAGAAAAUCUCGCUCUCGUCCCAAACCUGCCAUCACCUUUACCAGUGAUGAAGAAGAGGAAGAAGGUCAGUACUGGCUGGAUCUGACCGAGCAGGAUGUGUUUUGGAACACGUCGGACACAGGUUGGGCCAAGUCUGCAUGGAGCAGUGUGUUUGCGCCAUGGAUCCAGGGAGCGUGUGUGUUUGUUCACCACAUGCCACGUUUUGAUACAAGUACAGUCCUCAAGACUCUGAGCAGCUAUCCCAUCACCACCUUCUGCACGGCACCAACAGCCUAUCGAAUGCUUGUACAGGACGACAUAUCCAGGUUUACGUUCAGGGCUCUUGAGCACUGUCUGUGUGCAGGAGAGCCCAUUAACCCAGAGGUGAUGUGGAAAUGGAAAGAACUCACUGGACUGGACAUCUAUGAGGGAUACGGACAGACUGAGACUGUUUUAAUAGCAGGCACAUUCAAAGGCAUGAAGAUCAAACCAGGAUCUUUUGGAAAGGCAUCACCAGGAUAUGAUGUUCAGGUGGUGGAUGAAGAUGGUUCUGUUGUGCCACAAGGCCAAGAGGGAGACCUCGGCAUCAGAGUCAAACCAGACAGGCCUUUCUCUCUUUUUACAGAGUUUUUUUUUUGUCAGAUUGAGUUUGUGGAUCAUCUUCCCAAGACAGUAAGCGGGAAAAUCAGGCGAGUGGAGUUAAGAAAGAAGGAAUGGGGACAGCAAACAAAUCUGGAAAUGAGUAAACAAAUUUCUGGACAAAUCACAUUCCACCUUUUUAUAUACAACAUUCCCAGAUGUCUUCCCACUUUAAUGCGCCACAUUUAAGGAUCUACACACCCGUAGUCCUUCAGCUCACCUGCAGGUGGAGGCAUUUCAUAACAAUCAAGUUGCAGAACUCAUUUCUAAUUUCAUGCAUCAAACAUUUUAUAUGAUUCUACCUCAUGUUUAAUCAUGUUUAAGUGGAGUAACUCAAAAUUUAUAAGCCUUGCAGUUCAAAUGCGUUUUAUUCUUUUCAUAUUAAAUUGUAGAUCAUAUUCUGCAUAUGCAAAACCUAAAUGUGAAUUAAUUUGUAUUUAUAUAAUUAAAAGCCUCUUUUUUGAGUAAGUAAUAAAAGCAUUUUUGGGUGACUAUAUGUUAGCUAAAACUUGUUUAUAAUCUCUUCUAAACACAGUGAUCCUUUUUUCCUCAAGAGCAUGAUGUCAUGUGACUGAUGACAGAUGGCAGACACAAAUCUGAUCUGUGCUGAAUGAUGAGAGGAUUGUGAGGUUAUAAAGAUUUCUGAAUUUACCCUACAGAAAGGAGUGAGGAAUGCAGUGAUUUUUCAGAUGACAAAUCUGUUAGUAAAUUAGUCUUGACCACUAAUGGAGAAAAACAGAUGACCUGUAGCUUGUCAAAAAUAAUAACAAUGUGACAACUUUUGAAAAAUGAAAGGCUAGAUUUUAUUUUCACACUGCCAAAACUUUAACCAAGCUGUAAAUUUCCCUCUCUGGUUAUUCAAGGACCAUAGAGGGUGACAUUUUUGUGGUGCGGCACACUCACUGACUGCAGUAAUGAGACAGGUGCUGUUUAAUUGACCUGUUAAUGGGUCUUAUGCUUAUCAGGUGGAAAAACAGAGCCAUAGACUUAAGCCAAAAUAUGCCAGACCUCAGCCAUUUAAACUGCUUCAUGGCAUGUCAUUAAAUCAGACUGUAGAUGUUUGUUAUGACAGCCUGAAGGAUGUCGGCCUGAAAACACAGCUUGUUUGUGUAUGCAGAGAUGUGUUUGUGGAUCAAUCUGUCGGUUUUGGUUUGCAGCAAGUAAUUUGAAUGGCUCAAACUGCUAACAGACUGUCAAAACCUGAGCUGCUUACCUGUCCUUACAAAAAAGUACUGUGGCUGUACCAUACCAAAUACCAUAGUACUGUGAU